AUGUCGGGUUAUGCCAAGUUUAUGAAGGAUCUUGUCACAAAGAUGAGAACGGUAAGCUUUGAACCGGCUAACAAUUUGCAUCAUUAUAGUACAAUUGCCACUCACUUCCUUGUGCAAAAGAGAGAAGACCCAGGUGCAUUCACUAUACCUUGUACCAUUGGGGUAUUUAAUUUAGCAAAAGCGUUGUGCGACAUGGGUGCUAGAAUUAACUUGAUGCCACUCAUGAUAUUCCGAAAAUUAGGCUUGGGAGUCCCCAAAUCAAUGUCAAUACAGCUCUUGAUGGUAGUUCAUACUGCGAAGAAGCCCGUGGGCAUUAUUUAUGAUGUCCUAGUGAAGAUUGAAUCAUUUAUAUUCCCUGAUGACUUCAUGAUUCUUGACUGCGAAGUAGACUUUGAUGUUCCUAUCAUUCUGGGUAGACAAUUCUUGGCAAUAAGACAUGCUUUGGUAGAUAUGGAAACUGGCAAACUAAAAUUUUGA